AUUACGUAAAACUGUCAAGUGAGGAAAAAAUCAAAAGUGUCGCGAAAAUAUUCAUUUUUUAUGUCACAAAUUAUACUGUGUAUAGCCAUCAAGAUGGUGAUUAUUUGUUAAGAUUGUUCCACUGGCAUUCGAUUGGCUUUGGAUAUGGCACGAUUGGAGUGAAUUCAUUGCGUGCCACGGUUCGCAAACAUCCGGGUGUCCAAAGAUAGCUUUCCGAAAUUGUGGGGCUCAGCCUGUGGACCAUUUUCUCAACAAGGAGGACACUGGGGUAUAGUGUGUUGUAGGAAUUUUACUUCUUUUCUUCAACGCGUCCCAGAAAAUACUUCAAGGAAUCCCGUCAAAAUUAAAAAUAAUUCAAAAUCGCUUUUGAUCCAAAGUUGGAAAUAAAUGUUGGAUUUAUCGAUAAUCGCACGCCGAGUCGCUUACAGUGAACAGAUUUGCACUUCCCUGGAAGCCCUCAAAAAUUUAAGCCGUCAGAAACAGAACCUAACUCGAUUGGUCGAGCCAUGUCCCAAGAACCGAAAUCAUCAGAGCAGCAUCAGCAGCAUGAGAGUCCCCAGCACCAGGUCGAGGACACAGAUUCUUCGAAAAAAUCAGAUCACACGGAUGAGUCACGAUGCAUAAGAACCACGAGCGAUUCUUCACCACAGCACUCCCCGAAACAACAACGUUCGGAGCAACCCGAUACAGCGGUAGAAUCGGUCGGGACAGAACAUGAUCUGCCGGGACAAUCCAAGUGGAUUUGCGAGUAUUGCACCUACGAGAAUUAUCCACUUUCGCUCAAAUGUACCAUGUGCAGGGGGCAGAAACCACUACUGAACGAGGACAUAUUCAGACUUAGCCCAACGCAACAGUUGAGCACAACGAAACGGUCGACUCAGAACUUGGCCAGCGGUCCUUCAAAAAUACACCCCGGAGUAAAGCCCGAAGAGGAAGGCAGCGCUUCGAAAUGGUCCUGCAGUGCGUGUACUUACCACAAUCACUCCCAAACUCGACGGUGCAUUCAAUGCAACAGUAAACGGGAUGAUGAGCUACUCAUCAAACCAUCGAAAUCUCAUGUCCGUAAACCUUCCCCGCCCAAAGUAAUAUCAGAGUAUGAAAAUUUGAGUGAACAACUCAACGCUUUAAACAUAAGUCGAAGUAUGGGGGAGGAGGAUGCCCUGGAUCUAUUUACACCAGGCAGUCAUCGCAGGAGGAAUAAUUCUCCCGCUACCGCUGACAGAACCUUGGACAGUGAACAGGGAGGUGCUAAACAUCAAUCACCCACGUCUAUCUCACCGGUCAAUACCUGUGGCCGAGCAGCUUCUGGUGGAGGCAAAUGGUACUGCUCGGCUUGUACUUAUGAGAACUGGCCAAAAUCAACCAAAUGCUCAAUGUGCUUGCAUCCGCGCGAGACAAACAGCAGUCGCAACAACCCAGUAGCAUCCACAAAAAGUUCACCGGAACUGGAUGAAAAUGUCGCUAGCAACAUAGUCGUAAAUAACAAAAGGAACCAACAAAUCGUCCGAGACCAAGAACCAAUGAACAACUUAGAUAUGUACCAACAGGAACGAUACAUGCGUCAACUGAGACGCCAACCCGACUGGCAGUGGCUCAACGCAUGCAUUGGAGUCGCGGAAAACAACGUCGGAGCUGUGGAAUCUUAUCUGGGUUGUGGAGGUGAUCCAGGACGUGCCCUUUCGCCCGCCGAAGUUACUUUACUUAAUAAUAACGAUAUCGCGUUUGAUGUAGGCCACACUUUGAUCCACUUGGCCAUUCGUUUUCAUCGCGACGAAAUGUUACCUUUACUGUUGGCCCAAAUUUCCGGCUCUGGGCCCGGUAUUAAGCGGGUUCCGUCAUAUGUUGCUCCGGAUUUAGCCAGUGAUAUUCGACGACACUUUGUUCAGUCUCUGCGAAUUAGGAAAGCUUCUUUCAACUGCCAAUAUGUUAACGAGCAUGCGACAUUUUCUUUGCCAGCAGACAUUGAAGAGCUCCCUUUGGCACUGCAGGAGCAACUCUUCGAAGAGCUGCUUGAUCGGGACGCUCAGAAACAACUAGAACUACCACCACCAGCGCUAAAUUGGUCCUUGGAAAUAACCGAGCGCUUAGGAUCUCGUUUAAUGGUCCUGUGGAACAGAAGUGCAGGCGAUUGUCUCCUGGAUUCGGCUAUGCAGGCUACCUGGGGUGUAUUUGACCGCGACAAUACUUUAAGACGAGCACUUGCUGACUGCCUUCAUCAGUGUGGUCGAUUCUUCUAUCCCCGCUGGAAGGAGAAUGAAAUCUUGCAAGCCGCAAUGCUCCACUACACCGUGUCAGAUAGUCAGCUGGAGGAAGACUGGAGCACUUUACUUUCACUGGCCAGUCAUCCUGGUUCAUCCCUUGAGCAGCUGCACAUUUUCGCCCUGGCUCACAUCCUCCGGAGACCGAUCGUCGUGUACGGUGUCAAGUGUGUGAAAAGUUUUCGCGGUGAGGACAUCGGAUACGCUCGCUUCGAAGGCGUCUACUUGCCGUUGCUGUGGGAGCACAGUUUCUGUAUUACCUCGCCCAUCGCUCUCGGUUACACACGGGGUCAUUUCAGCGCCCUGGUACCUACAGAACCGUAUUCGCGCAUCGAUGCUGCUCGGGAUGAUCGCGAAGACAUCACGUUUCUGCCGCUAAUGGACUGCGAAAUGAAACUUUUGCCUAUUCAUUUUUUGAAUAGCAAUGAGAUCGGUCGAGAAGAAUCAAUCAUGCGACAAUGGUUGGAGGUUUGUGAAACAGAAGGGGGUCUUCUAGUUGCACAACAAAAGCUUCAUAAACGACCACUUUUGGUAGCUCAGAUGCUAGAAGAAUGGCUUAACCAUUAUCGGAGGAUAGCUAUUUCCAGGCUUUUCUAAAAAUAAAACAUCACUCGCGCUUCUCGUUAAACGGUUAUGAAAGAAACAAAAAUUUUAGAUGUAGUCUAUCGGAACUAGCUUAUUGUGCUGAGUGUUUGUGGAGUCUGUGUUUGCAACGGCGAAUCAAAAUGUUGUCAAACGGAACCGGAAAAAGCCACUUGGUCACAUCACAGCAGCACAUUUUCGAACGUACAUCGAACGUCAAUUAUAACCUGCGUCUAGUUCAUUAAAAUUCGGCUAUGACGAAAAAUCAAAAGAUUACAGAUGCCCUCUACUGCUACGUACUAGCACAAACAGCACGAGACGCUGGUCCCGGGAAUUUUUCUAUCCGUACAACUCAGCAGCAGCACUCUUCCUCCCAAUCAACGAAGAAAUCAAUCAGUUUCGGAUUUAUUAAGAACUAAAAUUACUACCAGUUACAUAAUCGGAUUUACAAUUGCCAAUAGUUUUUCCCACCAAAAUCCUUGAGCGACAUAGGCGCGGCUUUUCUAGAGAGCACCGAGCAAACACCCCUUGAAAGGGUUCAGCUAAUGUUUUGAAGAAACUGUAAUAUUGCACCGUAGUACUUUACAAUUUGAAAAAUUGAUGAACUACCACGCUAACUAAUCAAGAUAUAUUAUAGAUAUGAUCUAUGCACUCGAACAGUUUGUUAUGUUUGUUAAGUUUCAUAAAAUUUAAACGUUUUUUUCGGGAUUCAACUUUGGUGUGUACAUAUUUGAUUUUAUAGGAAUUUUAGGUAAGUUAUCUAUAUUAUAUAUACAGCAAAUGACAGAAUAAAAUAUUUUCCAAGUCA